AUGCUGCACUGCGGCGAUGGCACAGUUCAACCAAACUUCCUCCCUCCUCCGCCUGCUCGGACGUUAAGGCCACCUCCUUUCUCAAUUGCGAUUGGCAAGACGGGCGGAGCCCUUGGCAGCGAUUGGCGGCUGCCGGAGGGAGGUGGGGUAGGUUGCGUGAAGGGUAAUAAAGUUAGUGGGGCUGCCUCAGUGCGGGUUAGACGCGGCGGCGAGUCGGCUCUCUAUGGAGGCGGUGGGGAGAAGCCUUGGGCCGUUGCUGCUCCUGCUGUGAGAGAUAGAGAAGAUCAGCAAUCCCCGUCAGGCGCGAAAGAGGAGCCGAGCAGAAGCGUUUGGGAUUACCGGUGCUUACGUCCAUCGAUAAAGAUUCUUCGUUGUCAAGCCGCCAAAGUGGAGAGUGCGAUUGCAGAAGGGGGUGCUUCUCGUUUCAGUGCUUCUUCAGGCGGAGGAGGUGGUAGGGGUGCACCUCAGCACUAUCCCAAGACUGCCAGCAACAGCGAGUUCCUGGGGAAAACCCCAGGGCAAAACGCUCAGAAAUGGAUUCCUUCACGAAGCACUAGACGAGAUGACGACUCCGCAAACGACAAAGAACGACAUGAUGCAAUCUUCAGGAAAGUAAGAGGCAUACUAAAUAAGCUUACUCCUGAAAAGUUUGACAAGCUAUGCCUUGAGCUCCUCAAUGUGGGUGUAGAAUCUAAGCUUAUCCUAAAAGGGGUCAUACUGCUGAUCGUAGACAAAGCCCUUGAAGAGCCGAAGUAUAGCUCACUUUAUGCUCAACUAUGUCUGCGACUGGCGGAAGAUGCACCCAACUUUGAUGGCCCAUCAGCAGAGAGUCAUCCAGGACAGAAGCAAAGCACAACAUUCAGACGCCUCUUAAUAUCUAAACUUCAAGAUGAAUUUGAAAACCGAACCAGAAAUGUUGAUAUCUAUGAUAAGCACGAUGGUCCCCUCCUCCCUGAGGAGGAGGAACAGAGAGCCAUUGCCAAGAUCAAGAUGCUGGGGAACAUCAAAUUCAUUGGAGAACUUGGCAAGCUUGAUCUUAUUCAUGAAUCUAUCCUUCAUAAGUGCAUCAAAACACUUUUGGAAAAGAAGAAGAGAGUCCAACUCAAAGAUAUGGGGGAGGAUUUGGAGUGCCUCUGUCAGAUAAUGAGGACAGUGGGACCUAGAUUAGACCAUGCAAAAGCCAAGUCCUUAAUGGAUCAGUACUUUGCCCGUAUGCGCUCCUUGAUGUCAAGUAAGGAAUUGCCAGCAAGGAUUCGUUUCCUGCUGCAGGAUACUGUGGAGUUGAGAGAACACAACUGGGUUCCUCGCAAAGCUUUUCUUGACAAUGGACCAAAGACUAUCAAUCAAAUCCGUCAAGAUGCAGUAAAAGAUCUGGGAGUUUUUAUUCCUGCUCCUAUGUCUCAAGGGAUGAGAAGCGACUUCUUUCUGGAGGGACCCUUUAUGCCACCCAGGAUGAAACUUGACAGGGACCCACUUGGAGGGCUUGCUGAUAUGUUUGGACAAAUGCCAGGUAGUGGAAUUGGUACUGGUCCAGGGGUUAUUCAGGAUAGAUUUUCACCCACCAUGGGACGCCAUCGUUCAAACCAACUUUUCAAUGGCCAUGGGGGUCACCUCAUACCUUCUGCUCAAUCCCAGUUUGGAGAACUAGGCAAAUCUUUUCUGAAAAGUCAGGGGCAAAGCCAGCUCUACCAUAACCAGAAUCAGGGACUCUUAUCCCAGCAACAAGGACAGUCGAAGGAUAUGCCACCUCGGUUUUCUAAGAAAGGACAGCUUAAUGCAGAUGAGAUUAGCCUGAGACCUGCUCAGUCUUUUCUGAUGAACAAAAACCAAGUGCCAAAGCUUCAGCCCCAGAUAACUAUGAUUCCUCCCAGUGCUCAACCACCACGCACUCAAACUCCACCUUUGGGACAGCCACCUCAACUUGGUCUUAAAACAAAUCCACCACUUAUACAAGAAAAGCCUGCAAAAACCAUCAAGAAACCACCUCCUUCUAAAGAAGAGCUACUUAAACAAACUGAAGCAGUUGUGACUGAGUAUCUGAACAAUGGAAAUGCAAACGAUGCUGUCAAUACUGUGAGAGAAAUGAGGGCACCAAAACACUUCAUUCCUGAAAUGUUGAGCAAAGUAAUAAUUCAAUCUCUAGAUAGAUCAGAUGAAGACAAAGAGAAAGCAAGUACUUUGAUCAGCUUGCUCAAGCAGGAGGGAAUAGCCACAAGUGACAACUUCAUGCAGGCAUUCCUGAAUGUAUUGGACCAGUGCCCCAAACUGGAGGUGGACAUACCGUUGGUGAAAUCCUACUUAGCGCAGUUUGCAGCCCGUGCCAUUAUUUCAGAACUGGUGAGCAUUUCCGAACUGGCUCAACCACUGGAAAGCGGCACCCAUUUCCCUCUCUUCCUGCUUUGCCUUCAGCAGUUAGCUAAAUUACAAGAUCGGGAAUGGCUAACAGAACUGUUCCAACAAAGCAAAGUGAACAUGCAGAAAAUGUUACCAGAAAUUGACCAGAACAAGGACCGCAUGCUGGAGAUCUUGGAAGGGAAGGGGCUUAGCUUCUUGUUCCCCCUUCUGAAACUGGAGAAGGAACUGCUAAAGCAAAUAAAAUCGGAUCCAUCCCCUCAAGCCAUCUAUAAGUGGAUUAAAGAUAACAUUUCACCCAAACUUCAUGUAGAUAAGGGAUUUGUGAAUAUAUUGAUGACCAGUUUCUUGCAGUAUAUUUCUAGUGAAGUAAACCCUCCCACUGACGAAUCGGAUUCUUCAUCUGCUCCCUCCAAAGAGCAGCUAGAGCAGGAAAAACAACUGCUUCUUUCCUUCAAGCCAGUAAUGCAGAAAUUCCUCCAUGACCAUGUUGAUCUGCAAGUGAGUGCUUUAUAUGCACUCCAGGUGCACUGCUACAACAACAACUUUCCAAAAGGCAUGUUACUGCGCUUCUUUGUUCAUUUCUAUGACAUGGAAAUCAUUGAAGAAGAAGCUUUCUUGGCAUGGAAAGAAGAUAUUACUCAAGAGUUUCCAGGGAAAGGCAAAGCCUUAUUCCAGGUAAACCAAUGGCUAACCUGGCUGGAAACUGCUGAAGAAGAAGAAUCUGAAGAAGAAGCUGACUAAAGAACCAGCCAAAGCCUUAAAUUGUGCAAACAUACUGUUGCUAUGAUGUAACUGCAUUUGACCUAACCACUGCGAAAAUUCAUUCCGCUGUAAUGUUUCACAAUAUUUAAAGCAGAAGUGUGUCAAUAGGAUAUCCUCUGCAAAAGGUUUUUGUAGUAUGUCUUAAUAGUCUACAAUAAAAAUAUUUUAGAGUAUCUUUAAUGUUUAGGUAACAGUGUAUUAGCAGCAUGCAAUAAUACAUCAUAAGUUCUCGAGCAGAAGCAGUCUGUUGCAAGGGUCUUCUUUGCCACCAGUUAUCAUAGGCUGUUUUUAAGUUAGAAAACUGAAUAGCAACACUGAAUACUGUAGAAAUGCACUUUGCUCAGUGUAAUACUUGAGUUGUUGCAAUAUUGAUUAUCCAUUUGGUUGUUACAGAGAAUCCUUAACUGUAAUCGAUGGUUGUUGCCGUAAUAGUAUAUUGCCUGUAUUUCUACCUCUAGUAAUGGGCUUUAUGUGCUAGGUUUUAAUAUCCUUGAGCCUGGGCAAGUGCACAAGUCUUUUUAAAAGAAACAGUUUACUUGCACAAAAACUGAUCAGCUGAAGAGAUGGUUUAAUGCCCUUUGGAAGAGGUCUUUGUGGGUGUGAAACAUGACAUGGUGAGACAUUUGAAUUGGUCCCUCUAUUAUAGUACUGAAAUUAAGUCUACUUAAUUUAUCAAGACAUGUUCAUGCCCUGAUUUUAUAUACUUGUAUCUAUCAAUAAACAUUGUGAUACUUGACUGGUUUCUGAAUGUUUCCCAGUAGAAGAGCUUUGACUGACAACUAGUUUACUGUUAAGGAAGGAAACAUCAGUGGGAAUUUUUUCUGAGACUGGGACCAUCUCUGAUAUUUUAUGUAAGUUGUACUUAAUGUGCAAAUGAAUUCUAAAUAAGGUCACAGAAAAGAUUAGACACUACAUAUUGGCUGUGACAGGAGGAAAAUGAAAUUUUGCUGAAGAAAUGGUAGGCAUUUACCUGUGGUCUAAUGUAUGCUUUAUCAGCACAUAUGUGUGUUUUAACUUUGUAAUUCUUUGAACUUGGCACAGGUCACAUGCAUGUUUUUAAUCAAGUGGCUCUGAACUUGCUAGCUGCCUGCUUCUCAAACCAAAUUGGCAAAAAAGGCAGGAGUAUAAUGUUGCAUUGUACAGGCUUGAAAUGUCAUCUAUUAAAUACUCAAAAUACUUUACUUCCUAGAAUCUCAUCCCCAGUGAAAUUUGUUUUCGUCAUUGAGACACUUAGACUUGUAACUUUUGAAAGGUGAUGUGUUUGUAAUGGCAAAACAGUCAACUAAAACUUGAGUUUGCCAGUAAUGGAAGUGCUUUACCCUAUAUACUGUCUUCUGCAACAUGGGAGACAAGAAAGCAGAUCAUGUGAAAAAUGAAGAUCACAAAAGGGCUUGCUUUGCAGGGCAGAAAUAGUUAACACUAAUGCACCUUAAUGUGUUGACUGAGACUGACUGGUCUCUCAUUUCAGUAUACUUUGCUGUGAAAGGCAAGGCAGGAUUCCUGACCAGUUGAGAAGUAUAUUCUUGUAUAAUAGGCAAGUUUGGUGCCUUCAGAUGCCCCAGUAACUUCCUGUACAAUAUGUAGUCCAGUAAAGGAAGGUCUCUGGUUCUGUAAACUAAAUGUAUUGCUAACAGACUCGUAGGCACUUGAAUGCUGUCUCUGCAUUUCUGAAAUGCGGCUUAUCUAGCAGUACACAGGAGAGCAGGAUAGUCCUGUUGACACUAAUGGAGAGGGGAAGGAAAGCAUGAACUCUUUGAGUGUUUUGAGGGCAGGAGCUGGUAGCUUUUGAUGUAGCCGCAACUUGGGUGUAACAGGUGAGCAGUGAUAUCAUGAGGUCUCCAGAACAUUCCCAUGAUAUGGUGUUCUUCCCUAGUCAUGCACAGUAACCUUCACAAGAACGUGUGCAUCUCUAAUGUAGUCAAUGCUAGAUCUGUAGAGGCUGUGGUGCUUAGUCCUCAAUUGGUGUUGGUUCUUCAGUAACAAUGCUACUGCUAAGGCUCUGCAGUUAAGUACUACUUAUUGGGCUAAAAGAACACAAGUAUAGCUUGAAAAAUUACACAGCUUGAGAAUUGUAGUGUCACUUGAGUACAGCAAGACAGACGGUAGUGGAAUUGAGCAUUGUUGCAAUAAUAGGGUUGUGGUUCUGUCUGGUUUAAUUUGUUUUAAAUCUCCCUGUUCCAGCUGAUGAGCUCAGCAGUGCAGGCCACUAUAACACUACUUUUGUGUACUUAAGUUACAGGUUACUAUCUAAACAAUGCACUUCCUUCUGCUGUGCUGCAGUCAGAUGAACCACAAGUCAUGAACAGUCCUACCUAGUGGUUUCCAGCAAAAUAGCACGGUAGAGGUGAGACUAAAAGGUAGUAGUAUAAGAGGUGCAAAUAAUUCCUAACCAAAACAUUUUCCAGUUUUGGGGAAGGCUAAGCUAGAGGCAGUCGACUAGAUUAAUCCUUGUAUUCAUGCUCAGUCUUGUUUUUAACUAGUUACUAAGUUAGGAGAAGACACUCUGUGAGAUAGAACUGUGACCCAGAAGUGUGGAAUAGAACAUGAGUGUAGAAAAUACCACUAACUCUAGAAUUACUCUUUCAUGUGAGACAUUUGCAAAAAAACAUGGUGCAAACAGACCUGGUUUCUUGAAACUGAUGUAAAAAAACCUCUUUACCUGCAGAGGCUACUUCAGAAUGGUAUUUCUGUAGAUGAUGGAAGGGAGCAUAUUCCUCCCCAACUGGCUGUUUCUAGUGCUUGACUGCAGCGCUGGUAGCUUCAGUCAGUCUGGAAAAGUGGAUGGGUGUUCAGUUGGUCUGACUUCUGUGUGGCUGUUAACUCCAGGUUUCAUUGUACUUCAAAUGUAAAAGAGUGUGUUCAAUUUCACAGUGAAGUCACAGUCAAAAUUAAACCAAUGUAACUGAUCAAUGGUAA